UAGGCAACUAAGCAUGAGGCAAAACUCGUCAUACACAGACUCAGACUCGUAUAAUAUUAUAAUAUAAAAUAAAAACCAGAUAUAAAAAUCAGAGGCCUUUUUUGAUUUUUCGAUUUGGGUUAAAUCCCGCAAAAACCGUGUUCUGAACCGGCGUCGAACCGCGGGCGCCGCUGCUGUUCGGAGAUCGCAAACCCCACGCCGGAGUGUGAGAUUUUUUCCGAAAUGGCUUCAAACCAGUCGUUCGUCCCUGAGAUCGGACCUGACGGUCUCCCUCGAGAAGCUUCCGUCAUUAGCUACACCGAGAAGAUCAUCGAAGAAGAGCAACUUCAAUUGCACAGAUACAUUCAAGAAAACUAUUCUAAAAUUCGCGAUGUUGAACGUGAGCUUGCAAAUCUUACAAUGGAGAUGAAACUCACGGCCGGCCCAAAGAAAGCAGCACUUGAACUUUUGAGAAAGAAAAUAGAGACACAAACAGAGAAAAUUCGCAUGGCCAAGCUCAAAGAAGAACAGGCACGGAAGGUGUGGGAGGCAGCAUCAAAAGUAGUGAAGGAUGAAGAGGCAUUAAAGCAGAAGUUAUGUGAUGACUUGAGCAAUCUGGUUCAAGAGAGCAGUAAUUCUCAGUUUUCUAGGCUGGAGGAAUUAAAAAGACGACUUGAAGCUUUGAAUCCAAAUCGUGCAUCAACUAAUUCUCAUCAUGAUGGGAAAUCUGCAAGUUCUUCUCAGGAUGGUUCAACCCGUGAUGGAUCCUCUGCUUCCAAUGCAAGGGAAAGUGGGGGAUCAGCUGAGAGCAUUCCCGACCAAGGUAAUGGUCAGAAAGUUGGAUCUCAUCACCAGUCUCCUAAUGAAGGCGAAGGAAGAACUAAAAAGAAAGUCAAUUUCCACAUUAAAGGGAAAGGAAUCGGUGCUGCCUCCAAAGGUAGAUCUUCAGCUCCUGGCUGGACUGGGGCUGGCUUCGAUGUAGAUGGCAGAACAUGAGAGUGUUAUUCUAAGAUAUUACUGCAGUAAAUUCAUUGAGUUAGAAGUCAGUAAUUUUUGUACAAGGUUUACCUUCUGUUCUCCAUUAUUUCUACACAUUAGCAUGCAAACGUUGUCUUUCAUCGUCACAGAAUGACUGAGCUUCUCACUUGUAUUGGCUAGCAGUCUAGCACAAAACUGUGAAUGCCUUGUUCCUCUGCUACUUACGGGCAAAGAACAAUCAAUAUGUCCAGCUAGGUUCUCCUUUGUGAUUA